AUGACCACCAGAGGUCCUAGGAAGUAUUCUAGGGAACCUUUCCCCCCGCACCAAACCUGCGCAAUGGCGUUCUCGAAUGGCUAUGGAGGAUCCUCCGCCCCCGCCUCCCCUCCCCCGCCCUCCUCCUCCUCCCUCUCCUCUUCCAUCCCCCCACUUCCAUCCUCCUCCUCUCCAUCCUCACUCUCAUCUCGGAAUGCUCCUCCUCCAACUCUUCCACCUUCGUUCCCCCAGCCGGACCAGUCUGUUGCACCGUCGGAACAAGUGGAAGAGACUGAGCAGGAUGGAGGACUGGACGUUCAGGAGCUGAUCGUUGAAGUAUUACAGCUCAAAGGUCAGCUGAGGUCGAUGAAAGAGAGGAACGGGAGGCUCGAGGAGGAGAACAACACUCUCAGAAGUCAAGUUGCCACUCUGGAAGCUCAGAGUCAGGCGUAUCUCUCAGCUCACCGAAAGUUCGAGGAGGAGGCAAAAAGGGCCGAGCACUAUGCCCUGCAGGCUACACACAUUGACGAAGAUGAAGACAUGCGGGGGCUGAAGGAAGGAGAAGAAGGAUAUCAAGAAGCAAGGACCAAAGUACUGGAAAAGCGAGUGAUUGCCAUGGCAAAGAACGACUGCUGGAUGCGAGCGCAGGUGGAACAAGCGAAGGAUCAAGCAGCUGAUGCUCGUCGCAGGCAGGUCGACGCAGAAAGGCUUGUGGGAGAGCUGCUGCGAGAGCGAAGGGGAGAAGAAGCUCUCCAGUGGAGCCAAGUGCCGCAAUCCGGCACAGUCUAUCGUCCACCUCAGGGAUCGGAAAUUUUUGCGGAAGACAAGGCUUAUGCUGAGGGCCUGCCGAGAACGAUCCCAUCCAGAGCAGCUCGAUGUGCAGGUCUGAUUACCACUGCCUUGAGCAACGCUUCUUCUCUCCGUUCCACCGUUGGCAAGACAUCAGCGAGCAUGUCGUCGCAGUCAGUGGCACCGACAGCAAGACCUGGUAACGUGUGGGCGUGUCUGAUGAACGGGGGAGCGGCAGGAUCUCGGGUGGAGUUUGCGUGAAGGGAGGAAGUAAACAGCAGGAACCCGAUUCUUGCUUAGUAAGAGCGAUGAUCGAAGGUGGCAUGAUGGGCUUGUCAAGUUGUAAUUGGGUUAAUCAUCAGUGUGUAAGAUACAGCUGGUUUCUUGCCUCCGGUUUCGAAUACUAUACACGUGUCGCUUCAACGUCAUAGUGUGACAAUGUGCAUCCUAAUCCUUGGACACAACAGCACCGCCCUUGUGGCUCCUCCUCUGGAAGAUGUUUGACACCAUGUUCACUGCCAUGCCGCCCACACGAGCCACCAGACUUGCUCGCGAGCGCCACCUGUUGGCGCAGUCGAUCACUCCAUCCUCCAAGUACCUGUACUUCUUCUGCACCCAUGGGUCAACCUUGAAGGGGGCGAUGGAUUGUAAGGUGUUCCCUAAACCCUUGUAGUCUCCUGAGAUGAUUUCACCCGUCACAAUUCCUAAGAGCUUGUUCCACGUCUGAGUCAUUUUGGAGCUCUGCUCCUUGGACGACUGCCAGAUCCUCAUGCCAGGGAUGUGACUGGCCCAGGCAUCGACUUGCAUGCACGCGUAUCGAAUGGGAUGCGUCUCUCGCGAUUCUUGUGGCAGGGCAGAGAGAUUGUGCACAUCGUCAGGGUUACAGUCGCCAGGAUUUUGCGUCUCAGGUGGAGGAGAACUGCGAUCGCUGGUUUGGUUGGAAGGACAGGUUGAAACUUCUGGCAUAUUGGCAUCUGUAUCCAACGAGACCAUAUGCUCACAAUUGUUCAGUGCAAACGAGUGAGAUUUUCCUCGUUGCC